GGCCACUCCACUCUGGCACUAUCACUCGUGUUAGGGGGAGUGACACGCUCCCACCCAUCAGACUCCUCUAACUUAAAACCUUUACUACCUGACCGUCUCCCAACUAGAAACUUGUAGACUGUGGCAAGGCAAUAUAUCUAGUCCUUAUAUAUCAUUAGUUUACCGAGUGUUUUCACGAGGAUCGAGUUUCAACAAGUGUUUAGUACUGAGCAUACUGUACUGCGAGUGGAAUAUGUGUGUCGACAAUUAAUACGAUACUCUAGUAGGUGUCUUAAGUGAGGCUCAGAAAACCACCAAGAUGAUUAAGGAUAGAAUGGAGUCUUUGAGGGCGGCGCGGAGGGAUGACGACAGCGUAGGGCUUGGAGAUAUACCUGUAGUCCUCGAGGUGGAGCCUGAUCACCCCUCCACCAUGGAUUCCUUCUUCAAAGAGGUGGAAGAGGUGAGGGAGAUGAUCGACAGAAUUAACACCAACGUGGACAACGUCAAGAAGAAACACUGCGAGAUUCUGUCAUCAUCCCAACCAGAUGAAGCGGUGAAGCAGCAGCUGGAUGACUUGAUGGCAGAUAUUAAGACCACUAGCAUAAAGAUGAAGACGAAACUCAAAGGGCUGGAGGAGAAGACAGAAACAGAUGACCCAGAGAAUCUCAGUGCCUGCCAGAGGAUUAAAAAGACCCAACAAGCCACAUUGAGUCGCCUCUUCGUGGAGACAAUGACUGAAUACAACCGAAUACAGACAGACUACCGAGAUCGUUGCAAGGGCAGAAUACAGAGGCAGCUGAAAAUUACUGGGCGAGAAACCACGGACGAGGAACUUGAACAGAUGUUGGAGAGUGGCAACUCCGAGAUCUUCACCCAGGGGAUCAUAAUGGAGACGAAACAGGCGCGGCAGAGGUUAGCCGACAUCGAGGCAAGACAUGCAGACAUCGUCAAGCUGGAGGCGUCCAUUAGAGAGCUUCACGACCUCUUCAUGGACAUGAAUUUGUUGAUAGAGAGUCAGGGUGAAAUGGUGAAUAGGAUUGAGAACCACGUCCAACAGGCUCAGGAAUAUGUCGAAGAGGCCAAAAAGGAGACUAACGAGGCCCAAAAGUACCAAGGCAAGGCCAGGCGGGUGAGUACCAGAGACACAAGCAGUAAGGUAAUGGGGUCGGGGAGGCUCGUGUGGCUGGGUCGUGUUCGUGAUGUGUUGGUGAUGCUAGGCUUUUAGUGGUCGUCUGUUGUUGGGUCGUUUAGUCGUUGUUUAUACUCGUUUCCUCGUUUUGUUGUGAUGUUUUAAUAAUAAGAAAUAGUUGAUACAUGUUCCGCCAUAUUACUCUUUGUCGUCUUAAAUCUCCACUGAAUCAUGAAUUUUUGGGAAUAUAAAAAAUUUUCAGCGAGAUCCAACCAGAUGACUUACUUCUUCUAAACAGAGCUGUCCUACACAUAACGUUGUUGUGUUUAUAAUGUAUGGUUCAGUUUUAUAAAUAAGUGCGGGAGGAGACAGUGUAACUCGCCUGAUAUUUGCUUUUUCUAUCCUUCUUAACACAUAUCCCUACAUUAUUUUUUUAAUUGCCAACACUGCUGCUGCUGUAGUUGCUUUUAUGUAGCAUUUAGCUCACUGACACGAGUGCAUCCUCUACAGUCUACACAAUGAUAGCUUGGUCGAUCAGUGCUAUGAAAGGCUUAAAAUAUUUAAUUUGCCUUAAUUAUUUGACUAUUAGCUCUUCAGCUUUUUUAAACGUGUUAAUUACUGGUGGGUCGUCAUCUUUAUCCAAAAGUUUAACUAUUAUGAACAGAUCACUAUUUUUUAUUCAUUGUCGUUCUCGAGGGUAAAUUACUUAUCUGGUGCCACUUCAUUUUUCGUGACCUCACAGGCCACUCCUAGUUUUUAUUGACGUCUACAGACAUAUUUACUUCUUGCUGGAGUUACAACAUUCACACAGACAAUUUUCAAUGACCUUUACUUCCUGCCAGCAUUGUGUACGAUACAACUGCCGCACACUUCAUUCAUAACCAGGUGUGAAGGCAAACGAUAGACAACUGAAUUAAUUUAAAAUAUAGUCAUUUAGAAAUAAUUUCUUUCUAAGUUGAACAUACGGGAAGACAUAAAUAUACCCUAAAUAACACCCAAUUUGCCUGUAAACUGAAUCUUGAACAUAUACGACUUAAUCUUUUCUAGUAAGUCAUUACUCUUUCUGAGAAAACAAUAUUCAGCCUUGAACUCGGACCUAAGAGCAAUUUCUAAUUUUUUAAAAUCAAUUUUUAAGAUUUGAACCACCACUGACGCUUCAAUGUAUCAACUACAGUAUACCUAGAAAUUAUCUGAUUAAAUUUGAAAAUAAAAUACUUAGUCUGAAUUACUGUUUUUGUUUUUUGUUUUCAGUCCAUAAAAAUAAUUAUUGAAUCUUAAUCUAAUUUCACACUCACUGAAGCUGAUUCCAUUUCUUAAUGUCUGUUAAUGAAUUCUUGGACUCCAUUACUCCUUCCUCAAAACAAGUAUACGCCUUAAAAACACAUGAUUAACCCCUCUAAACCUCAUGUUCGACCACACCUACCACGAAUGUGUUAAAACUCAUCCUAUUAAAUACCGACUCAUCUGUCUAACUAACCUUAAGUAAAGAACAGUUUUAGCACAUCGUAGAAUCCAUGAACAAAAUUGUUUUCGUUUCCCUGUAGGAACUCCAUUUUCUUUUCAGCCGUUAUUACUCCACAGCAGUACAGGGACGUACACAAUUGAGAGUUACGAAGUAAUAUUUUCACUGACAAUAAAAAUGCAGGGUUGUUGUCCCUCAAAGAUGCUUUUGGCUUUGCAAUAAGAGAAUACAGUAGUUGAUAUUUUGUAAUAAUAGCCUAAUUGCUUUAUUUGUAUUUACUGUAAGCUUAACUGUAUGUACUGUUGUGUCCUUGAUUCAGGAUUCACAAAGGUUCUUUACCUAAAUUAUGUCGGGAGAUAAGUGAAUGUAUAUAAUAAAAGUGUUUAAACUAAUUUAGUUGAGUGCAUUCUAAAUCUUCACUUACUACAACUGUCACCAUACGAAUCUUUGUUGAUCUGUUCCCUGCUAAGUAUAGUUCAUGUCACUUAUAAAUUGAAUCGAAUUUCUAUUUUGAUUACAGCUCAAAAAAUUAAGUGGAUUUAUUCUGAAAUUAUCUUAUUUCUUAAUGCAAGGUGAUACUCAAGUUUUAUUUUUUUUAUAAAUAAGAAUGAAUGAAUCCCAUAAGUAAAUUCAUUAUUGAUCCCAAUAUUUUUAUGCUCUCUAGAUAUAAUGGAACGUCUUAUACUGUACAUAGUUUUAUAUGCUAGGAAGAAAGUCUACCUGCCAUGUUCCUCAUUAAAUGUGUAGUAAUGUCAUCUUUCUCUCUC